AUGGUUAUCUCUCAAUCAAAAUGGACAAAUAGAGGUAAGAUAUUGCAAUUAUUUUCCUCUUUUUUCUCUUGCACCCAAGAUCAAAAUAAACUCAAAAAUAAGCCUCAUGAGGUGGAAAAAAGUCUCCAUAGAGACAGUAAGGUGUCCAGGGAUGGAAACACUCUUAGAAGAGAAAAUAAGUUCCUUUGGGGAGAAGAUAAAGCUCUCUGUCAGGAAAACAAAGCCUUCCGCACGGACAACCAGUUGAUCGGGGAGGUGAAUCAGUCCCUAAGACAGCACAACCAGGUCCUAUAGAAGUUUAAAAAUGUGAUUUCGGAGAGCCAAAAACUACCAACAGAAAAAAUCAAUGCUUUGAACACAGAAAGAAUGUCUUAUCGGCAACAGAAUCGAGCCCUGGAGGCUCAGUUUAAGGCUCUCAGAGAACAGGAGAGGGCCUUCCAGAAUGAGGCGAAAGUUCUUCAGGAAGAAAUAAGGUCUCUCCAUGAGAAGAUCAAGGCCCAGCAACAUCAAGAGAGAGCAAUCAGGAUGGAGGAUCACGCCCUGAUGAAAGAAGGAAGAGCAUUAGAGAUGGAAGAACAAGCUCUGUGGAAGGAGGAGCAGGACCUCUGUGAGGAGAACAAGCCUCUUGGAGAAGAAAACCGUGUUCUUCAAGAGGAGGAAAAAUUCCUUCUGGAAGAGACAAAGUCCUUGCAAACGGAAUAAGAUUCUUCAGGGAAAAGACAGCAAACACACUUUCUGGGAAAAUGCACAAUAAAACAGAGCAGGAGAACUGUGACUUGAAGAAGUAACCAACAAACCAUG